CGCCGCGGCGGGGCCGGCAGCUCCCCGAGGCCGCACCAUGGGCAGCCAGGGCUCCAAGGCGGCGGGCGGCGACCCCGACGCCGCCAAGGCCAACGGGCAGGAGAACGGCCAUGUCAUCUCCAACGGGGACAUGACGCCCAAGGCGGGGGUCGAGGCUGCCCCCCAGAACGGGAACGGCUCGGCGGAACCCCCCAAGGAGGAGAUCGAGGGCGAAACGGGGGGCGCCGACAGCAUCGAGCCCGCCCCGGCCGCCGCCGAGCCCGCCGAGGGCGAAGAAGGGGCCGCGACCCCCAAGGAGGACGCCCCUAAAAAGAAGAAGAAAUUCUCCUUCAAGAAACCCUUCAAGCUGAGCGGGAUCUCCUUCCGCAAGAACAAGAAGGAGGCCGGGGACUCCUCGGGCUCGUCGCCCACCGAGGAGCGGGGCGGCAGCGAGGAGAGCCCGCCCGGGGGGCUGCAGCCCUCGGCGCCCCCCGAGGAGGGGCAGGAGGGCGGAGAAGCCGCGGGCAGCCGGGAGGAGGAGGAGGAGAAACAGCAGCAGCAGCAGCAGCAGGGAGGGGAGAGCCACGGAGACACCGCCAAAGCCGAGGAGCCCUCGAAAGGAGCGGGGUCGGAGCCCGCGGCGAGCCCGGAGGAGCAGAAGGAGGAGUAGAGACCGCUCGGGCAUCGUCCUCAGCGGGGACACCCCCGAGCAGCCCGGGGACUCUGACACCGACCGUGACCCUCCCCGAGCAGCCCGGAUCGUCCUCGACCCUCCCCGAGCAGCCCGGAUCCCCGGAUUGUCAUCACUGGGGACUCUCACCGCCCUGACCCUCCCCGAGCAGCCCGGAUCACCCUCGACCCUCCCCGAACAGCCCGGAUCGUUCUUACCGGGGGCUCUCACACCGACCCUCCCCGAGCAGCCCGGAUCCCCGGAUCGCUCUCACCGUCCUCAACCCUCCCUGAGCAGCCUGGAUCACCCUCGACCCUUUUCCGAGCAGCCUGGGGACUCUCACACUGCCCUCGAUCCUCCCCGAGCAGCCCGGGUCGCCCUCACCGGGGGCUCUCACACCACCCUCGACCCUCCCUGAGCAGCCCCGUAUCACUGAUCGCCCUCACCGGGGGCUCUCACCGUCCUCGACCCUCCCCGAGCCGCCUGGAUCGUCCUCACCAGGGGCUCUCACACCGACUCCGAUCUCCCCCCGAGCAGCCCGGAUCCCCGGAUCGCCCUCACCGGGAGCUCUAGCACCGCCCUCCGUCCUCACCGGGGACUCUCACACUGCCCAGGACCCUCCCCGAGCAGCCCGGAUCGUUGAUCGCCAUCACCGGGGGCUCUCACAUCGACCCCAAGCCUCUCCGAGCAGCCCGGGGACUCUCACCGGACACUGCCCAGGACCCUCACCGGGGGCUCUCACAUCGCCCCUGAUCCCCCCCGAGCAGCCCGGAGCCCGGAUCGUCCUCACCGGGGGCUCUCACGCCACCCUCCGUCCUCACCGGGGGCUCUUAGACCAUCCCCGAGCAGCCUGGAUCGUUCUUACCGGGGGCUCUCACACCAGCCCGGGUCCCGGAUCUCCAUCACCGGGGGCUCUCACACCAACCCGGGUCCUGGAUCUCCAUCACCGGGGGCUCUCUCACCGCCCUCCGUUCUUACCGGGGACUCUCACACUGCCCAGGACCCUGCCCGAGCAACCCGGAUCGUCACCACCGGGGGCUCUCACAUCAAUCCGGGUCCCGGAUCUCCAUCACCGGGGGCUCUCACGCCGAUCCGGGUCCCGGAUCUCCAUCACCGGGGGCUCUCACAUCAAUCCGGAUCCCGGAUCUCCAUCACCGGGGGCUCUCACACCAACCCGGGUCCCGGAUCUCCAUCACCGGGGGCUCUCUCACCGCCCUCCGUUCUUACCGGGGACUCUCACACUGCCCAGGACCCUGCCCGAGCAACCCGGAUCGUCACCACCGGGGGCUCUCACACCGACCCGGGUCCCGGAUCUCCAUCACCGGGGGCUCUCUCACCGCCCUCCGUUCUUACCGGGGGCUCUCACACCAACCCGGAUCCCGGAUCUCCAUCACCGGGGGCUCUCACACCAACCCGGGUCCCGGAUCGUCACCACCGGGGGCUCUCUCACCGCCCUCCGUUCUUACCGGGGGCUCUCACACCAACCCGGAUCGUUCUCCCCGGGGGCUCUCUCACCGCCCCCGUUCUCCCCGGGCUCUCCGGGGCCGUCCCGGACUGACCGCACGCCCCGCACUCCCUCCCCGCCCUCCCUCGCUGGGUUUUUCUCUUUCUCUCCCCGUUCCCGUUAGUCAAAGCUGGUUUGGAUUCCCACCGCCGCCGCCACUUGGAGUAGUUUGAGCCGAAUUCUUUGGGAAAUGGAAAAAAACCCCGACAAUAACAACAAAAUCAACCAAGUGGGGAGGAAGAUCUGUCCCGGACGCCCCUGGAGUUACAGUUUAAGAACCCAAAUCCUGCUCUGGAUCCCUGCAGCCUCCAGACUGUCCCCUCUCCCCCCGCUCCCACUGACUGUUCCAUGGGAUUUUUGAUUUAUUUUUUCAUUAUUUUUUAUUUUUCUCUUUGUUUCUCAGUUCACAUUCCCGGUUCUGGCUUUUCAUUUCGAGUAUUUCGUGCUUUUUUUUUUUUUUUUUUUCCUUUUUUUUUUUUCCUUUUUUUUUUUUUUCUCUAGAAAUCGAUGGUUUCCAAAAGCUAAUCUGGUUAGUUUUUUUAUAAUGUCUUCUAUUGGCUUAAAACCAUAAAGCUUGUAAGUGCGCUGUGUUUAAUUCUGCUUUAAGGGAUAAUUUUAGGGUGUGGGGUGGUCACAGGGGGCCCUACCAGCUGUAAAAUGUGAAGCCAACCUUGUUUAUUUCUUUAUUUCUUUUUUUUUUUCUCUGUAAAUAAUUUUUUUAAUGGCCAAAAAAAAAAAAAAUAAACGCUUGAUUUGCAAUUUUCUAACUUGUAAAAAAAAUACAAAAAAAAAAAUAAGAAAGGACAAAAAAAAUCACUUUAAAAAACCCAACCAAACCACCAAACAAAAGCUGUAACGUUUGAAAGGAAUAAAUGGUGACCCCUUUU